GUUGGUUUCUCUUCUUGAUGCAAGUGGAUUUACCCGGCUCCUCGGUUGACAAAAUCGUCACCCCAAGAAACAUGGUUCACCCUUUGCUUGAGGGCAGAGGCUGCCGGAUCCCAGCAUACAGGAGACGGGCCAGGACCACCCCAACCUGCUCUGCAGUUGCUCUGCAUUCAGAGGCUCUGGUUCCUCCAGCUCCACGUGAGCCUCGAGGAGACCCAGAGCUUUACUGCUCACUUACCUCCCUGAUCUCAGCUCCUACUUCCUGUUUUGUCCAUCGCACUUUUUUUCCCCCUCUCUGGAAGGUUCACCUAUUGAUUUAAAGGCCUGUUUCUCACAUUCAAUUCCUAUUUUCAGGUGUUAUAAAACUAGAUUUCAGUUCUCUAUUUUGUUUUGAGAGUGGCGUGUUUCAUGUACUCUAGAUAUAGAUUACUCUACUAUCAGAAUCCUUGUGCCUUGCGGUGGCAGGUCUCUUUUGUGCUUAGGGUUCAUUGACACUUGCAAGAGGUGGUUUAGAUGUCGUCUAGGCCCCACAGCACACAGGAAGAAGGCAAAUCCUCCUUCCCCUGCAUAGUGACUCUACAGAGCUUUCUGUGAAUACCCCCAGCAGAUGAGUCAUCUAAGGCACCCAUGGGUCCCACUAGCAGAGAAAUACAGACAGAAGUGUUUCUGUACUCCACUAUGGAGAGAAGGAUGGAUUCUCUAUUCCUACUGCAUGAAACUGUAACAUCAAACCUUUAAAAAGAAACUAAACUAAUAAGCAAACAGGUAUGAAGGUAGAAACAAGAUGAUCACAAAAUUUUACCCAGAACUGAGAACAUUCUGUCCCCUAUUUCACAAGAAGAUGAGAAAGAUAAAAUAUGAGUUAACCCACAAAGGAAGCAAAGAAAAAACAGAAGUGAUAGUGUUAUCUAAUUCUUUAUGAAGCUUCAGCAAGCUGCAAUAUUUUAAAAUACUUUAUCAAAUUCCUUGUAACAAUAUGUUCUUGGUUAAUAAGCUGAUUUUGAAAGUGCCUUAUACCUAGCUUGCAUAUGAAAUUAAAAAUUUGAAAUCAUAUAAUCAUAUAGUUUAUGAUACACUCAAAGCAUUUACUGAUUACAAACAAAUCAAUGAAUUUCAUAUAUUUUUAAAUUACCUCUUAAAAUGAUUUUUCAACUUUAGUAUUGUGCUCUUAGAUCAUGUCCAGUGAGAAAUAUAGUUCCCUCUAAUCUAGCAUUCCUUGGAUAAUUCUUAUUUAAAGUAGGUAAAUUAUCUCAACUUGAUUUCAUUUUCGAAGUCAAUUAGACUGUUUCCCUUUUAAACACCUUCAUUGUAAUUUAACACAUUUUUGAUACCUUCGAUAAAUGAAAUCGAAGAAGACUGUUUCAAAAUCAGGAUGUAUCUUUUAAACGUAUAAACUGUUCUAGUUCAUCUUUCAUUUCAGAGACAAAGGAAUUUUAAAAAGAGAUGCCAAUCUCUGUGAAAACAAAGCUUAUGUAUUCAUGCUUGUACCAAUCACCUGAGUUUCAUGAAGGAAAACAAACUGGGGAUGAUCCUUGAAGAUUCUUCAUCAGCAUUCUGUCAAAAUGAGCACAUGGAUGUCUGCUCAUUAGAAUCAACUGGCCCCUUAGCUAACUACCAGGAGCACAGAUUCUGACUUCGCACCAUCGACAUCUGUGUGAAAAGUGAUCAUCCAUUCUUUAAAAGCAUUGAUGACUUAAUCAGAACUUUUGGAAGCAAAGAAAAAUUGAAAAAAUCUUGUAAAAGAGAAUUAGAUGUUGGACACAAACUGCAACGAGGCAAGACUUACUUUGCUAUUUGCCUUCUGAGAACAAAUGUAAUUGCCACCUUAAAAAGAAAAAAAAAAUGAACUCCACAUGUAUUGAUGAACAGCACGAACUGGAUCACUAUUUGUUUCCCAUCAUUUACAUCUUUGUGGUAAUAGUCAGCAUUCCAGCCAAUAUUGGGUCUCUCUGUGUAUCUUUUCUUCAAGCAAAGAAGGAAAAUGAAUUAGGAAUUUACCUCUUCAGUCUAUCACUGUCAGAUCUGCUGUAUGCAUUCACUCUCCCUCUGUGGAUUGAUUACACUUGGAAUAAAGACAACUGGACUUUCUCUCCUGCCUUGUGCAAAGGGACUGCUUUCUUCAUGUACAUGAACUUUUACAGCAGCACAGCUUUCCUCACCUGCAUUGCUGUUGAUCGGUACUUAGCAGUUGUCUACCCUAUGAAGUUUUCUUUCUUAAGGACCAGAAGGUUUGCAUUCGUGGUCAGCCUAUCCAUCUGGGUAUUGGAAACUGUCUUCAAUGCUGUCAUUCUGUGGGAAGAUGAGACAGCCAUAGAAUACUGUAAUGUCAAAAAGUCUAACUUUACUCUAUGCUAUGACAAAUACCCUUUGGAGAAAUGGCAAAUUAGGUUCAACUUGUUUAGGACAUGCACAGGCUAUGCAAUACCGUUGGUCAUCAUGAUAGUUUGCAACCAGAGAGUCUACCAAGCUGUGCAGCAUAAUCAGGCCACGGAAGAGACUGAGAAGAAAAGAAUCAUAAAACUGCUUGUUACUAUCACAUUGACUUUUGUCUUGUGCUUUACUCCGUUUCAUCUGAUGUUGCUGAUUCGCAGCAUUUUCGAGCGUGACGUAAACAUUAAUAAGUAUACAUUUGACCAUAAGUCUGGGAAGCAGAAUUAUAAAAUAUAUAGAAUCACGGUUGCAUUAACAAGUUUAAAUUGUGUUGCUGAUCCAAUUCUGUACUGUUUUGUAACUGAAACAGGAAGGUCUGAUAUGUGGAAUAUAUUAAAAUUCUGUACGGGAAAGCUUAAUAAGUCGCAAGGACAAAGAAAACACAUACUUUCUUCGUCUACAAAAGAUACUGUGGAGUUAGCUAUCCUGGAAUAGAACCAAGGCAUUAUUUUUACGGUACACAAUAUUGUACCAUCGAGAUUAUACUUUGGAAAGGAAAUCUAGCAUGGGAGGGAACUAAGUGUUCCAAUUGAGUGAAUAUUUUAAUAUCCUCUCCAAUGGAAAUAUUUUUAAAGUAUACCGUACAGCUCCCUGACUUUUAUUAAAUUAGUAUUAAGCAAAACUUAAAAUUUUCCUAACAACUUGGGAUCAUUAUUGUUGAUGGCAAUUGUUUUUGUAUCUGUGCUACAAUCCCUCAGAAGUUAAUAAGAUAUACACACGGUGAAUGCUGCUGCUGAGUGCCACACAAGGUAGCAAUCUUCAAUACAGGAAGUGGCACGUCAAACCUUAGUAAAGUGUAAAACAAGUUUCAACUUGUUCGGUGCAGUCAGUCAGGUGUGAGCUA